UCAUUUCGACACUCUUAAGAGUUGGUUUGCAUUUUCGUGCGUUUCUCCGCUGAGGAAGACAAGAAAGACUUCACAGAGAAGCUGCCAACAUGAAGGUGUUGGUGACGAUACUCCUUGCGUUUACUCUACCGGUGACCUUCACCAAAAUGCUGCCACGUUUCUCCAUCCUUCAAAAAAUGUAUCUUGGCAAUCAACGUAAUGGUGGGCUUUACAACGGUUCGGACGUUAAAGAGUACCUUUUCCCGGGUAAAAGAAGCGUUCUUAAAUUCCCAUUGAACGCCACAUGCAUACUGCGAAUGAGCGCCGUGUUAAAUGUGACAACGGAAAGGAGUGGAAGCAAGAAGGGUCGGAAAGGCUACCAUUACUUCUAUGAACGAGCUCCUCUGUUAGAGUACCUCAAGGAAGAAUAUGGGGCGCCCGUUGUAUCUAACAAGACAGCGGUUUUUCGUGGACAAAAGGGGAUAAUGUUCGUUGACAUUAAAGAUGGAGAUGACAGCAACGAUUGUAGCGUUCUGCUGUGGGACGGAUAUGGAUUUCAUCAAGCUAAAGGUGUCCUUAAACACAAAAAUUUCUUAUCUGCUCAGUUGUGGCCUACUCGACCAGACGGCUGCGGGAUCAACGUCAAUGUUCAGCAAUCAUGCUUCCCUUCGAAAGCUAAAGUAGAGCUCAGAUCUGGGAAGAAGAUUCCCAUCAGUGAGCUUGCCAUUGGAGAGACAGUCAAGACCUUUUCUAAGGGUGGCGAGAUUAUCUUUAGUCCUGUUGUCACCUUCUUGGAUCAAGCGCCUGAUUACAAGGGUCAUUAUUACACCAUCACCACUGAAGACAACAUUAAGCUCACACUUAGUGAGGCUCAUCUUGUGUUCGAGUUCCAACUUAAGUUGGGAGGAAAUACCUUCCGCUCUGUGCAUGCGUCCCAAAUCAAACCAGGUGACUAUAUCCUCGUUCAUGUUUCAACGUACCGUGCUCCUAUUGCAAAGGGGGUUAUGUCAGUUACGACAGCUGAAAGAUUAGGAGCCUUUGCACCAGUUACCCGGGAAGGGACCAUGAUUGUGGACGGUGUUUGGGUGUCGUGUUACGCUGACAUUGUGGAUCAUGAUUUGGUUGAUUCCUUUAUGUCCCCACUGAAGAGCUUAUACAAUAUGGCCCCACAAAUGCUAGGAGCAAGAGGCACGUUCGUGCACGGGUACCUUAAACAAGUCUUGCGUCCCAUAGGCUUGCGACUCCUUGGAAAAGAGAAGUUCUAUCAAGGACCAGAAGGCGAAGAGUCUGGCGGGAAAGAGGCUGUCAUGACAUCAGUUUAUCACUAGAAAACCAGAGCGGAAUUUCACUUUUCUAAGUAGCUCGGGGGAAAUAGAUUAAGGAACAAUGUGAAUAACUGUAAAACGAGCUUGUAAAUAUACUGACGUGGAACACAUGAAUUAGGAGGAAGUGUGAAAGCAAGCAAAAAGUAUUAUAACGUAACCAAAGUAAAGCGCGCGCUCUGAUUGGUCAAUUUAGCGUCCCCCAUUUGCCCAUGGGUGUACGUUGCUGA